UCGCCACUCCGGCCCUCUUCCCCCUUCCUCUCGUCGCUGCGACUGCUUCGCCGCGAUGCUGGCAGACCUCCCACCCGAACUCAUCCACGCCAUCGCCCAUCCGUACCUCGACUCGCGCUCGGUCGUUGCCCUUGCCUCGACUUGCUCUGCUCUACACGACGCCCUCCUUGGCUCGCCAGCUGCACCACCGACCGUUGCAGACAUUGUUGCUGUGUUUUUGUCGCCUGCGCCGUGUGAUGAUCACUGGAUCGCCCUCGUCCAUGCCAUCGCCGGAUGUGGGGCCACGCUUGGCGUCUCCGAGGCGGCGGAACUCGCUGACACGCGCUUGUUGCAUCCGCGGACUGUCCUCUCCAUCCACGCACUGGCUGCCCUCUGUGGUCUUGAGGACGUGGCAUUGGAACUUCUGGAGACACUUCCGCCAUCGGCGGACGGCAAGGCAGGGCUGCUCACGGCGGCCGCCCUGGCCGGCCUCACCCGCGUCACCCAGCGGCUGCUCGCGGAUGGCGACGUGGAGCUGGCUGCUGCUCGCAACAACCCUGUUGUGCUCGCAGCGGCAAACAAUCAUUGUGCCAUGCUCAAGAUCCUACUAGGAGAGCCUGGCGCUCAUCCAGGUCGCGGCCGCAGCGCGCUGUGCGAGGCCGCAUAUCGCGGCCACCUCGAGGCUACACGCCUGCUCCUGGACCAUCCGCUUGUCGAUCCAUCACUCGAUGAAAGUCUCGCCUUGACCUGGGCGGCCAAGGGCGGAAACAUUGAUGUUGUCAACGUCCUUCUAGCCGAUCCGCGGAUUGAUCCCGGAAGCUCCAGCUCGGCUCUGUCGUGGGCAGCAUCACGCGGCGACAGUGACGUUGUCCGCGCUCUCCUUGCGCACCCGCGCACCGAUCCUGGCGCCAUGGCCAAUGCCGCGCUGGUGACAGCCUCCAUCAACGGUCACACUACUACCGUUGGCAUUCUUCUCGCCCACCCGCAGGUCGAUGCCACUGCCCGCAACGGAGAGGCCAUGAGCCGCGCCUACAUGGCAGGUCAUACACGGAUUGUUCGACUCCUUCACAAUGCGGGCGCGGCACUGCCACGCGGCGCCGACCCACUUCCACCGUUGUCAUUCCUCGAGCGCCUCCCGACCGAAAUCCUUCACGCUAUUGCCUUUCCGUAUCUCGAUGCACCUUCAAUUGUCGCGCUCGCAUCGUCAUCGUGGGCUCUCCACUCGGCGCUACUCGGCUCGUACUACGCCCGGGCCCACGCUGCGGCAACUAUGGGCGUCGCUAGCUGCAUGGAGCGCGGCAUGUGGCGAGCUGCCUGGAUUGCACUUGCGCGCACAAGCUCAUCAGAACUCCCUGGUCUCGUCUCGACACCACUGCUCAAGCGCGCGCUGAGUGCUGACCUUGCUGCGGAAGAAGCCCUUGAUCGCCACGUGCUAGUCAAGGCACUUGCGCGGGCAGGCGUUGUGUGGCUGGUGAGCUGGCCUCCAAAGAUUGGCCAUGUGCUUUGGCGCGAUGUCUUCCAGCCGCAGGUGUGCCUCGGGGCGGCGGCGGCUGUAUUUGGCCUCGAGGUUCUCGCAACCGAGCUUGCUCAGAGCGCAAGUGUUCAGGACCAGGGCCAGAUCCUGCGACUCGGUGCCGCUGCGGGACUGCUGUCGCUUGUCGAACUGCUGCUUGAUGAUGAGAGCCUGUCUUCGGCUGAUGCUACCAUGGCGCUGGAGCUGGCGUCGGAGCACGGCCAUACCGACGUAGCUGCACGUCUACUGGCAGACUCCCGUGUCGAUCCCGCCGCUGACAACGCGAUAGCCCUUUUUCGGGCCGCGACCAGCGGCGCGGCUGGCGUCAUUGCUCUGCUUCUUGGAGAUCCGCGGGUCGAUCCGCGCGCAGGCGACCAUCGCGCAGUGGAUGAGGCCGUCAUGCACGGUCAUGUUGAAGCAGCACUUGUGUUGCUGGCCGACCCACGGGUUGAUGUGACGGCAUCGCAACAGAAUGUGUUUCGCAUGGCAGCACAGUGCGGUCUAACUGAAGUGUUUGACUACCUUCUCGCCGACGCCCGGAUCGACGCAACGGCCGACAACAAUUGGGCGCUACGGCUUGCGGCCCAGGCCGGACAGGCGGGUAUUGUGUGCAAGCUGCUUGGGCUGGCAGGCGUCGAUCCCGCAGCCUGCAACAACGAAGCCAUUCGGUUCGCGGCCGAUACGGGACAGGACGAGGUUAUUGCUCUUCUGCUUGCCGAUCCACGGGUUGAUCCGGCUGCCCACGACAAUUGGGCAAUCCGGCGGGCGGCGCGGUGCCCCGACGCUGCCGCUUUUCGCCUCCUCCUUGCCGAUCCCAGGACUGAUCCCACCACUGCAGACAACUUUGCGAUUCGAUGGGCGGCUCGGUUUGGCCGGCUCGAGACUGUUGAGCUGCUCCUUGCAGACGAGCGAGUCGACCCGUCGGCGCUCUCACACUACGCACUCCGCUGGGCGGUCAAGUAUAACCAUCUCGCCGUUGUCAAGCUCCUCACGGACGAUGCGCGCGUCGACGUGUCGAACGAGCACGAGGCGCUACUCUACGCAACCGGGACCGGCAACGAUGCGAUGAUUGCCGUUCUCAUCGCUGCGGGUGCAUGCCUCGGACCGUACUCUUCUUACUUGAACUAGUCAAC